AUGAGGAUUUUCCAUCCAAGAGAGCAGUUCUUAAAGACGACAGCGUCAAAGAUAUUAUGGUGCGUAGUGUAUCUGAUUUUCUUUAAACUGGCCGUGCAAGACGUUAGCGGAGUGCUAAGAAAAUUCCUGCUAACGAAGUCCGAACCGAGCGGCCAUUUGCUUAACUUCACCGAGUCGGCCGCAGUUCUUGGGUACCGUGCGGAAGAGCAUACCGUGGUCACUGACGACGGUUACGUCUUGACCGUGUUCAGGAUCCCGAAGGGCAAGAACUGCCGCGGAGGAGUACGGCAGCCGCCCGUCCUGAUAAUGCACGGUCUGCUCUUGAGCUCGGACAGCUGGCUGGACUCCGGCCCCCACGCCGGACUGGGGUACCUUGUCAGCGACGAGUGCUGCGACUUUUGGUCGAGCAACGUGGCAGCUACUACUCCAGGAAGCAUU